AUGAGUUUUAAGCAUGCAAGAGAUGCAUUGGUUCUAUGUCAUGACAACGGAGUGAUAGGCGACGAGGAAUUUUGCUUGCUAUACGAUGCAAAUCGAUCAAAAAAUCCCGAAUUUCCGUACGAAGAGUAUGGAAAAUUUGAUCUUGAAGAUAUGGAGGACGAUGAAUGUAAAGCGGAAUUUCGCUUCCACAAAGAAGACAUCCCGGAGCUGGCAGAAGUCCUUGGUUUACCCGAAACUUUCACCUACAGCCAGGGAUCCAUGACUAAUGGCAUUGAAGGGUUAAGCAUUAUGCUGAAAAGAUUUAGCUACCCCUGCAGGUACUCAGAUUUAAUUCCCCGUUUUGGUCAUGCUGUUCCUGUGAUGAGCAUGAUCUGUAACACAGUAGUUGACUUCGUUUACAACCUCCAUGGCCAGAGAAUAAGCGAGUACAAUCACAACCUUCUUGAUUCGGCUAGCCUUCAAGUCUAUGCCGAUUAGGGAGUUUAGUCAUGUGAUUUCCCCACGCGAAAUCGAGCCAAAACAUUACCGAUCCCAAACUUUCUGUUUAUUCUCGUUAAUAUAUUGUAUUCUUCUGCAAUUAAAAUUCACCUACCUUCAGAAGAUACCUUAGAGAAUAAAACCUAUAAAUUUCAUCGUGAUUGGUACCGUAUUUCUAUUGCUAAUAAUCCAACUUCACUGUCACUCGGCAUCAGGGAUCGCAACUGAAGCGUGGCCACCAUGCUUGACAAAACCAGACCUGACCUGGGGAAGGCAAAAUUCGAUUUCGCAGUGCUUAUUGGCUGAAAAACAACAGCUAAUGUAUGAAACCAUAGGGCUAAAGGCUCAGGGGACUCCUAGGCAGUAGUUUCUUUGUUCAAACAGCCGUAGUUCAAGAAAGAUCGUUGAUUAUCUGAAUUAGAAGCGGUUUUCGAAGAGAUCUAUUAUCAUUAUUCGGUUUAAACUACAGCUGUAGUAUUUUAUAGCCUUUAAGGUUUUUGUUUAGCGAAAAAUAAGUCGAAUUUGACGUGCUUUCAUGUGGCGGAGAGCGAAUUAUAAUAUGUGAGUUCCAAAAGUCAUGGCGCACAGCAAGGAUCAAGUUUACCAGGGGCCAUCAACUUCAACAAGCCUUUCGGAUUCCAAUAAAAUGGCAGGUAAGCAGAUAUUCCUUUGCUUUAUUGAGAUUUUUUAUGCUUCACUUAUAGUUAUACAUACAAAUAUUAGAAAGGAAAGUGAAAUGCGCUAGUUUUGGCUGCUCGGGCUGUUAUGUAACAAUUUUCCUGCUGGAGCAGAAGCUUGGUGAUUGUUGUAUUCAGCAGCUGUAAACUGUGCUGAAUAUGUUCAUGCCCAGCUUGAAUUCGCUAUUAUUAUUGGAAUAUUGUAUAUAGGUAUCCUUUUGUUUAAUAUUCUGCUUGUAUAUUAUUCCACCAAAGAGAAAAUCUGUGGGCUUUGGGUGCUAGCUAUUGACAUGUCUGAGUAAUGUUUAUGACUGAGCAGUGAUCUUUACUUUGUGCUCAAAUUUUGAAGUGUGACAAUUAUAAGAACAGAGAUUUAAGAAUGUUUUUAAUUCCAUUGACAGAUAAUGUUUUUGGGGGACCUUACUGUGCAAGAAAUGGUUUGGAUGUGGCAGCCCUGAAGAAUCGGGAUCUGCAACCUUUGGACAGGGAGUCCUUUACUAAUGCUCUUAUCCUGGAACUCUGGAAACAGAGGGAUUCUGUCAACCAAAUGCUUCAAUGGAUAACGGCUUUGACUCCACCGGAACUGCAGAGGUAUUUGAGUGGUGUGACAACUCAAAAUGUGAACAAAUCAUGCAAUGAUUUAAUGAAAAAAGUCCAAAAGCUUGGUAAAAAUAAAAAGAAAGAGGAACUUGAAUUGCUAAAGCAAAGUUUGUUUCAUUUACCUAGCUCAAACGCACCAAUGGUGAGAGCAACACUAACACCAAAGUCAAAAAAGAUUGCAGAGCUUAAGGAUGAAAACAGGGGGCUAAAAAGAUCUGUCAGCAAAAUGAUUAGUUUUAGUGAGAGACUGAUGGACGGGAAUGAUGCUUUGAUUGAUGACCAAGCAGCUUUGGAGUAUGAAUAUUUUUCAAAUGUUGAACACAUGCGUACAAUAACAAACAAUAUUGCUGGUGUAGCUGCAAAACGUAAAUAUGAAAGGGAUGCCUUUGAGCAAGAUCUCAAAGGUUUGCAAGAGCAGUUCAAUGAGCAAUCAGAAAAGCUGAAUGAGAUUCAAGAGAAACUAGGAUCAUAUACACCUAGAAAUGUGAACAAGAGGCAGAAAAGGGCACAUUCAAAGAUUAAUGAUCUUAAAUCAAGAAUUUCUGAACUUGAAGUGGAAAAGUGCAGUAUCUCAAUUGAGCUUUCAGGCGUCAAGGAAAAAUGUGAACAAGCCAAAAGUGAAGUUGAACAGCUAAAACAGCAGAAAAUUGGCUUACAGAAGAAGGUGUCACAUAUAAAAAAGCAAAAGAGCACACAGGCCAAUGAAAUUGAUUUGCUAAAGGAACAUAAUGCUGCAAUUGAAUCAUGUGCUAAAGAGUUAAAAGAAGAAAACAAAGAAUUAGAACAGCUUACUUGCUUGCUGGAGGAUGAGACAAUCAGCACAUUUGAAGAUGGCAAGUAUGUUGACGAAGUGCGAGAAGUAAUCAUGGACCUGCUAGCCAUGAAUGUUUCAAUGAGCAAAGUCAAUGAAGUAAUACGAACUGUUUUGAAAAAAUUGACAUGGAAGAGAUUGUCAAAACUUCCAAGCAAGGCUGUCCACUCUCGCCUAUUUGUUGAGGCUAAGCACCUUGCUGAUGUUCAGCUAGGGAGGGCUAUGCUGGAAGAAGCUGACCCUUCCCAGGUAGUUGGAAACACCCUCCACAGAGAUGGUACUACUACCUUUAAUGAACAACUGACAGAAUCGCGAAAGGAAUUACUCCCAAAGGUGGUGGAGAAAUGGGAAGACCUCAGUGAAGAUUCAAAGAAAUCCCUUGAGCAAAUGGGAAACUUUUAUUGCAAACUGCAUUUACUUGUGAAUCUUGGCGAGGAAGCAAACAAAGCCUUAAAAUUGUUUGAACAAGCUGCAACAGAAGGCAGAAAUCCAUUAGCAUUUCUUUCUUCAAACGAGUCUGGUUCCUGCAGGCUAACAAGAACAGCAUGUGAAGCUUUUCAUCCCCGUGGUAGUCAGACUGCUGGAGUGUCCGAGUAUUUUGAUGUGCAUCUCUCUGAAAAUGGUGUGGAAAGCAAACUGCUUGAGUUCAUCGGGAAUCGCUUCUACAUAAUAUUUUACAACUCUGCUGCUGUUUUCUACCAUAAAAGCCAUAUUCCAGAUUUCCUUUUCAAAUGGCCUUCACCAAAUCGCUUACUUCAGCUUGUGGCUAAAGACAUUGUAGAACCUGUCUACUUGUCACUGGCCCCUUUCUCAGAUUAACUGAGACAGCAACGUCUGUUCUUGAACUCAAUCCCCAUUUGAAGCGAAUGCAAGAGUGCUUUGAACAAUGGUAAAACCUUGUCCGAAGAGAAAGCCAAGCUUGCAAAGGAGCUAAGAGAUGCCCGUCAAAAGGUUUUAAUUACCAGGAGCAAAAAAAUGCUUCCCCAGUUUCGAGAAAAUCCUCUUCUCCUUGUUGGAAAAAGGGCAAUGCACAACUGCAUUGAGGAUGGUUCUGAGCAAGCAGAAUGGUUUAAUGCAACUGUCUUACACCUUGCUGAAGAUGUUACUGUUGGAGCAGAUCCUGAGUACAUUAUAAAGUAUGACACUGAUGAGGAUGAUGAUGAAUGGACAAUGCCAUUACUUAAAGAUUUAGACAAGGGGGAUUUAAUUUUACUCAACUAAUAUUGACUUGAACAUAUUUUUUGGAAUUGUGUAGCUCCAUAAAUAUCCAUAUUUCCUCCACGGAAGGGUUUUGUUUUUAUAAGAUCUCCCCUACCCCUCUGGCAAUGCCAAUGAAACUUCAUACAUUUCUUUAACCCCCCCUCCCUCCCCCAGGAAUUUAUAAUCCCUUCUAUGUGAGGACUAUGGAGAUUUUCUGGAACGAAACAUAUCAGUGUGCUCUUAAGCUUUUCUGAAACAGGUUAAGCUGAAAAAAAGUUGUGUUCAAGCCAAGUGUCCCAUACAGGCAGAGCUUAGCCCCAUUUCAGUACAUUAAGCAACUUGGAGCGGCCCUAAUAAGCUUGUUACCAUGGAAACAGGCACCUUUAAUAGUACUGUUUCGGUUCUGUGUUGUUUAGACUGAGUAAUAUAAGAUUUCAUUUCCUUGAUAAGCUGAUGUAUAAUACCAAAUGUGACCCUUCACGCGACUUGGGGGCUUAUCUAAAUUUCAUGCUAUGCCUAUUUUCACGAUUCAGGCCGUGAAAGUAAGAAAAAUUUUUGGAAUGUGAGUGAAAUUUCUCUUUCACGCCGUGAAAAAUUCACGGCUACCAUGAAAAUUUCACGCAGUGAAAAAGUUUAUAAUGGCCGUGAAAAUAUUUUAUGCCGGGAAAAAUUUCAGUCACCAUGAAAUCUAAUUUCACGCCGUGAAAAUCUUCCAACAGUCAAAAUGAAAAUUAAUGUAACAUUGUUUUCAAAAGUGUAUUGUUUAGAUGUCAUGCAAGCCUUUAUUUGCCCAGAUGAAUGUGACAUGUACUGGUCAGUACUUUUUUAUUUUUUAUUUUCGGCAAAACAGAUAAAAUCGCUAAAAAAAGACACUAAAGAUCGCCGAAGAUAAUCAACAACUGCAUGAUUCCGUCUUUGUAUUCUCUAAAUUUACAACCAAAGUGUCGUUUAAAAUUUAAAAGAAUUUGGAAGCUUUUAUCUCUUCCACGAAGUUAUGCAAAUGCUAGACUCGGUGGCGACAAGAUGAAGAAAUGUGUAACGCAUGUUUUGAUAUUGCAUGAUAUCUUUUGGAUUUAUUUCAUUUUUACCCUUCUGUUCAGAUCGUUGUAACGGCGAAAUUUUGAGUAUAACAUUUAGCAAUGAGACAAGGAACUUGAAAUGGAGCAUGAUAAAUCAAGUAGAGUUUGCACGUGUGAUGGAUGAUGAUGGGGCUACAAAACUGCAGAUAAGAUCAGUCACUUCACUGCAAUGCGGGUCGACACAGACGACAAUUAUCCCGGUUUUAGGAAUGGCAGUAAUGGUUAGUCUUUCCGCAAAGAAUUUCGUUAGGUUUCUUGAGUGAAAACCUUGCCAUGUUUGGUAAAUAACUGUCUCUGACAUCGACAUUGGGAAAAUUUGCAUGUUGACGAGAAGAAAAAAAAGAGCCAAAAGUCACUGACUGUUGCAGUUACAGAUAAUGUAAACAAUGCAAAUUGACAUGAAACACACGCAGUUCCGAUCGUGCAUAUCUAAUAAGAUACUUGCCAUGAACACAUAAAAAUAUCGACAAGAAAUUGUGACUAGUUUGAUAGUGAUUUGUGGCUUUACAGGCCUGAACGCGGAAUAGUCUGAAUACACUUUUUUUUUAUUUUUGUCAUGAGCUAUUUAAAACGGCUUGAAUAUGCUGAGAGAAAUAUUAUUUUUUGCUUGGGAUCAACUUCCACAAAUUUUAGCUUGACGUGACCAGCUAUUCUCGUUUUUUUCCAGUUCGAAAAGGGGCGAGAAAAAACACAAAACAAAAAAAAAACAGGUUAGAUUUCAUUCACCCUCGACAUGUUUCAAGGCGUGAAAAUGUGUUCACUCUUAAUUUCACGGCGUGAAAGUUUUCACCGGUUUAAUAAUCACGGCGUGGAAGUCUUCACUGAUCCUUUGCAACAUGAUCAGUUUCACGCCAAGAGUGAAAAAUUCUCGCAAGGAGUGAACGGGCAUGGAAUUUGAAAUUCACGCCGUGAAAACUCUAAUUCACGCACCGUGAGCGUGAAAAAAAUUCACAGUUUUUAGUGAAAUCCAUAAGCCCCCUUUUCGCAUGAAGGGUCACAAAUAAGGUGGUUGCCAUGGAAACCGAACCCUUAAUCCCUUGACCCUCAAUAGCAGAAGGGCUAGAAAAUGUCAGGUUGUUUGUUUUUAUUCAAUACUUAUUGUCUUUUGAUCAAAAUUUGCCCAUUUAAUAGUAUUUUCUGUAUUAAUUUAUGUGACGUCAUCAGGGUUGUCAUGGCAACUUGAUUGGAACAUAGGAUAAUAGCUCUGUCAAAGUUCUAUGUGAUGGCCAAGUUUCAUGGCCAUAGCUUGCUUCAUUCCAAAGUAAUGGCUGAAAAUGUAAUUCAUAAUACCAAAUAAGGUGGUUGCCAUGGAAACAGAACCCUUAAUCCCUUAAACGGCUAGAAAAUGCCAGAUUGUUUGUUUGUAUUCAAUACCUAUUGUCUUUUGAUCAAAAUUUGCCCUAUUUAAUAGUAUUUUCUGUAUUAAUUUAUGAUGUGACGUCAUCAGGGUUGUCAUGGCAACUUGAUUGACACAUAGGAUAAUAGCUCUGACAAAGUUCUACAUGAUGGCCAAGUUUCAUGGCCAUAGCAUGCUGCAUUCCAAAGUUAUGGCUGAAAAUGUAAUUCAUAGUGUUAAUUCUGGUGCCAUUGGAUAUUCAUAAGAUCCAAACUUGGUCUUGUAUUUAAAUUUCCCUAAAAAAUGCCCAUUAAAUAAUAUUUAAAAAUUCAUAACUCUGCUUCUAAGAGGCCGAUUUCCUUCAUUCAAAAAGCAAAAUGUUCAGAAAAAUUAAGAGAAUGUUUUAACAGUGAUUUCAAGGGUGAUGAAAAUUAACGAAAAUUGAGCUAAAACUCCCUAUGCAGAUGCAGUUUUUGCAAAAGGUGCCUCCCUGGAUAAUUGUUUUGGUUUUGUGGAUGGCACGGUCAGGCCCAUUUGUCGUCCUGGGGAAAUCCAAAGAGCUGUAUACGAUGGACACAAACGUGUACAUGGACUAAAAUUUCAGUCAGUUGCUCUGCCAAAUGGACUCAUCGUAAAUCUUUUUGGACAUGUAGGUUAGUGCAUUAUUCAUUUCGGCUAAUACCAAGGCAAUGGGAAGGUAUAAACAUGAGGCAUAUGAUUUCUUUAAAUCCCUUGGCCACUUGUAGUGUUGGCUUUUUUCUUCAGACUGAACUCAAAUGAUUCUAUUCAUGUGACCUCUGUCACGAAUUGUCAGAGUUCACAUGCAUUGCAGUACGUUAUGACAUAGACACAUUUGUUUUGUAACUUACCGUACCUGUGAACAGAUGUAUAUAGGGAGACAACAUAAAACUUAUAUGUUAAUUUAUUAGUAGGUAUUUCUACAUAAAUGAGUUGAGCCUCAAAGAAGCACACAUAUCUAUCAAGGUCACAAGGGUUUUGGCUUUACAUAGUAUUACUGUAACUGGUUUGAAGGAAGUAUUAAAUUUCAAGAUUGUAAGCUCAACAUCAACAAUAUUUCAAAACUCCACUAUAUCUCUUAUACAGAAGGGAGAAAACAUGAUGCAUCAAUGCUGGACGAGUCUGGUCUGUUGAAUGAGCUCGAGAGGCCUGCAUUUUCACCAACUGGCCAGGCAAUGUGUAUUUAUGGUGAUCCAGCAUAUCCCCACCGUGUUCAUCUGCAAAGACCAUUUCAGUAUCGAGUACUGACACAUCAGAUGCAAAGUUUCAGUGAGUCCAUGAGUAAAGUUCGUUCCUCAGUCGAGUGGAUUUUUGGGGACAUCAUUAACUAUUUCAAAUUUUUAGAUUUUAAGAAAGACUUGAAGCUGGAUUUAAGCCCCACUGGGAAAAUGUACAUUGUCUGUGCCUUACUUAGAAAUGCACUUACUUGCCUUUAUGGUAACACAACCUCUGAGUUUUUCCAGUUAGACCCUCCAUCUCUGGAAGAUUACUUUGCUUAA